AUGAGAGAAGUACCAGGAGCAACCCGCAUGCCGCUAAUCAAGAAAGCCAUCAGACUGGUGGGAUUUCCGAAUCGCUCGAGCAAGUGCAAUAUGGAGAGUAAUUCCACGUCAGACGUCGUAAUUUUAAGUGGUAAUUCACAUCCCGAAUUGGCCGACCUAAUUGCGAAUCGCUUGGGUGUACGUAAAGGAGGGUGUUCAGUAUAUCAUAAAACUAAUCGAGAAACCAUGGUUGAAAUAGCAGAUUCAAUUCGUGGCAAAAAUAUCUACAUUGUACAAACAGGCACAAAGGAUGUUAACAACAAUAUCAUGGAACUUUUGAUUAUGGCUUAUGCUUGUAAGACUUCAUCGGCUCACUCCAUUGUAGGGGUCAUUCCAUAUUUGCCAUAUAGCAAGCAGUGCAAAAUGAGGAAGCGUGGAUGCAUUGUCACAAAACUGUUAGCAAAAAUGAUGUGCAAAUCAGGUCUUUCACAUAUUAUAACCAUGGAUUUACAUCAGAAAGAAAUACAAGGCUUCUUUGAUUGUCCAGUUGAUAAUUUGAGGGCAUCACCCUUUUUAUUGCAAUACAUUCAAGAAAGUAUUCCAGACUAUCGCAAUUCUGUAAUAGUGGCACGAAAUCCAGGUUCAGCUAAAAAAGCGACAUCUUACGCAGAGAGGCUGAGACUUGCCAUUGCUGUUAUACAUGGUGAACAGAAAGAAGCAGAAAGUGAUGAAGUUGAUGGCAGAUAUUCACCCCCUUGCAUGCCAAGUGUGGACAGAUCACGCACUAUGGAUGUGUCUGUUGGAGUACCAGUACAUCCAGCUAAAGAAAAGCCACCGAUCAAUGUGGUUGGAGAUGUUGGAGGCAGAAUUGCUAUUAUGGUGGAUGAUUUAAUUGAUGACGUUCAAUCAUUUGUGGCUGCAGCAGAAGUGCUUAAAGAAUGUGGAGCAUAUAAAAUUUAUGUACUAGCAACACACGGCCUGCUAUCAUCAGAUGCACCUCGGCUAAUUGAAGAUUCACCUAUUGAUGAAGUGGUUGUCACAAAUACAGUGCCUCAUGAAUUACAAAAGAUGCAAUGCAACAAAAUAAAAACAAUUGACAUAUCAGUACUCCUAAGUGAAGCUAUCAGGCGCAUUCACAAUAAAGAAUCUAUGUCAUAUCUCUUCAAAAACGUCACACUAGAAGAU